ACGGUUACGGGGCAUACAUUUCUAACCAAACCACGAUUGGAGAUAGCAGAAAAUGGAUUGACGAUACAACAUUUCCUCAAAUUUGGACAAUUUGCUGAAACACUUUGAUUCCCUGUUUUGGAGUACAACAGUAACUUAAAAGAACGCUGAGGGCUGGACGCAUUUGUCAUAUAGAAACACCGGCCCUUCAUCGACCCCAAGCCCCUUCCGAAACGGACGGCGCUGCCAUGGCCGAAACUGCCAACUUCACAUCCCCGUGGUUCUGCGGCGCGGGUCCCGCCAACGACAUCCGCAUCCAAUCGGUAGACUACCUCCUGCAAUCCUGCGUGCUGAACGGCCUGUACUGCCUCCCCCACGCCGCUCUGGUCAGCCUAGCCACCGUGAUCCUCAUCUACAAGCGGUUCCACGUCCAGGAGGUUACCUCUCUAUACUCCCCAAUCGCCGGGGCCCUGCUCCGGCUCCGCUAUCCGUUCCACGACAUCCGCUGGAUUUUCCUAUUGGCCCUGGCCCUGAUGGCCUUCAUACAGAUCGGGGAGGGAGUUCUGACGGACACGCUGGUCUUGGACGGGAGCGCCCACCCUCAGCUCUUCCUGCCCGGGAUACUGGCCCUGGUCGCGUCGAUUGUCGCCAUGGUGUUCUACAACUACACAGAGCUAUGGGACCGGCCAAUUAUGCUUUUGGUUCAGUUUGUGUACUGGUUGGCCGCUAUCAUCAUGGAGAAGCUACGGUUUCACGAUCUGAGGAAAAUCCCCGAGAUGAACUUGCUGGUACUGAAGUAUGACAUCACGCUGGUCAUGCUCAUGAUAUACGUCGUGUUUGCCAUCAUGGACGGCUAUCUCAUCAUCAACCGGAUUCUCCUUAGAGGUAAACUCAAGCUGUUGACCUACGGCGGGCGCGAUUUUAACGCCGAUGCCAUGAACCCGGACGUGAAGUACCGUCACCAUUACACAAACUACGCCUCCUCGCUGUCCCUCUGGUGGCUCAACCCGCUCUUCAAGAAGGGGUACGAGCGCCCCCUGGAGGUGGCCGACCUGGGCGAGCUGCCCACCCGCUUUAAAUCCGAAGUGGUCGUGGACGAAUUUCAAGAGGAGAUUUCGAAAGAUUUGAUGAGCAAGGACUCAGUCGAUAUUCACGAUGCUAAUUUCGUGAAGAUCUACGCUAAACUUCACGGUGGUGACAGCGCCGUGGCGGGGGCCCAACGGUUCGCGGCAAACUCGCUUCUACUCACCAGCCCACUUCUACUGCAGAAAAUCAUCGAUCAGAUAACACUCGUGUUUACCGAUGACCAACAACCGAUAGACAAGGCAACUGGAUACAUCUCGGUGUCUGACGCCGUUCAGAACGUCUUUGCUCUCGUCCUCUUGCUCUUCAUCAUCAACUUCAUCUCCGUCAUUCUUAAUCAGAAGCACUCCCAGACGAUGUUCCACGUCAGCGCUAAGGUGCGCUCUGCUUUACAGGGAACGGUCUACUUGAAAGCACAACAGCUUUCCCCGACGGCGCUGAACAGCAAGGACAUGAGCACCGGCAAAAUCACCAAUCACAUCGGCGCGGACCCCAUGAACAUGCAGCUCUUCUUCAUGUUCGUUCAUUUCUUAUGGACCUCACCGAUUCAGCUGAUAAUAAUGUUGUGCCUGUUGGCCAACAUCCUGGGGCCGUCCGCGGUCCUUGGUGCAUUCAGCUUUUUCAUCGCCAUAGUACUGCAAGGAAUCGUCGCCAAACGGAUCGGCAAACACCAAGCAAAAGUCAUGGGUCACUCGGACAGUCGUCUGAAGGAAACCCAUGAGCUUCUGCAGGGCAUCAAGCUGGUCAAACUGAACGGAUGGGAGCAGACAUUCCAAGAUCGCAUCAACCAGUCCAGGGAUAGUGAGGUCAAUGAGCUGUACAAGGUCGCUGGAUUGUCCAGUACCAUGACUCCAUUUGCUGUCGCUGCCGGAUGCUUUGCCCUCGUUUUGUCCCUUGGUUUCUACUACGUGUUCGAAGACAAGCCCCUGACCCCUCAGAUUCUCUUCCCGGCGGUCUCCCUCUUCAAUGCGAUGGCUGGCCCGCUCAUGACCCUUCCCGCGGCGAUUAUGUUCACCAUCAACGCCUUCAUCAGCCACAAGCGGCUCAAGAAGUUCCUGCAGGCGCCGGAGAUCGAGGACAAGAUCAAGGGGAAGUUCAACUUCGCCACGGUGUCGGCCAAGGACACCUGUCACGGCGGGGAGCAUCGGCACGAUGAGCUGAUGGACCGUUUAAAAAAAGCUGGAGGCUCGUACGGUACGUUCGACAGUGAUGCACCGUUACUAAAGGCCAUUCCGGAGCCGGACAGGCUUCCUGAAAAUGUGGCCAUGAAGAUAACACACGGAAGUUUUGCGUGGGAAGGUUCGACCGCGCCCAUCCUAACAGAUAUCAACAUAGAAAUACAAGCAGGCAAGUUGACAGCUGUGGUGGGAGAAGUAGGCAGCGGCAAGUCGUCGCUCUGCUCAGCUCUGCUGGGAGAAAUGAAGACAGUGUCUGGAGAAGUCAUUUGGAACAGUGAGAGGCACUCCAUUGCCUACGCCAACCAGAAACCAUGGCUAGUCAACGCAUCUUUAAAAGACAACAUCAUCUUCGGGGCGCCGCUCGAUGAACGGAGAUACAACACAGUGAUUGAGGUCUGCGGUCUGCGUCAAGACAUCGAUAUGCUCCCCGCUGGAGACAGGACGGAGAUUGGCGAGAAGGGAAUCAACCUGAGCGGUGGACAGAAGCAACGAGUCAGCAUAGCCAGGGCGGUUUACAGUCAUUCAGACAUCGUCCUUUUGGAUGACCCACUUUCUGCCCUGGAUGCUCACGUGGGCUCACACGUCUUCAAGGAGGCACUGAAGAAGUUUCUUAUCGGAGAAGGCAGGUCCAUUAUUCUCAUCACCCACCAGACCCAGUUCCUGCCCGAAGUGGCCUACGUCAUCAUCAUGAAGAACGGGAAGGUGGCGCAGCAGGGCACACCGGAAGAGAUCAAAGCAGCCGACCCGGACCUCUACGAGAGCUGGGCGACCGCUGCCACGGCUACCAAGGCUGCGGCGACUGCAGAGCAGUCAGAUAAGGACCAGGGAAUCGAUAAGGACAUCAAAGCUCUGAGGGAGCAGAUCGAAGAACGAGAGAAGGAGAAGAAGUUCCGCAAGGCCUCGCGGCUGAGCAGGGCAAGCAGUUUCCUGGAGGAGGAAGAACCUAUGGAUGAACAAACGGGCUUGUUCACCGCCGAUGAACCAGGCACGGAAGAAGACGAUGGCAGUACCCUGAUUAAAGCCGAGGAGCGCAGCAAAGGCUCAGUCUCCUGGAAGGUCUACUACUAUUACCUGAAGGCCGUGGGGCUCAAGACUGUGCUGCUGGUGUGCUUUCUUUACCUCGGCUCGUUCCUGUUAACCACUGCCAACCAGCUCUGGUUGUCUAACUGGUCCGAGGCAGGGCUGGACACGAAUCUGACAACGUCGGAGAUGCAGCAAGUCAGCAGGCAUUACAUGGUUGGAUAUAUCCUCCUCAGUCUGUCAGUGAGCGCCUUCUCCUACCUGACAAGUGCCGGAACCUUCUUCUCCUCGCUGAAGGCCGGCAAGACCAUCCACAAGAAAGUGCUGCAGAACAUCACGCAGUCACCAAUGAGGUUCUUUGACACAACUCCCAUUGGCAGAAUCUUGAACAGAUUCUCUGUGGACACAAAGAUGGUUGAUCAGACCAUUGGCAGUUCGUUAUCGCUGGUGAUGCAGUUUGCCCUGGCGACCUUUGUUGGUCUUGUAAUCAACGUGAUCUCCGCCCCUUUCUUCCUCGUGGGCAUCAUACCCAUUGGCAUACUGUAUUGGUUUGUCACGUCCUACUACAUCUCCACAACACGAGAGCUGAAACGUCUGGAAAGUAUCUCACUAUCUCCCGUCUACUCUCACUUCACUGAGACUAUAUCAGGGCUGUCGACUAUUAGAGCUUACAAUAUGCAAGCAUGUUUUGCGGGUAGAUCCCUCGAUAAGAUCAACACGAGCACGGUGACCAGCCUCUACCGGCAAGGCUCCAACUUCUGGCUACAGUUUCGUCUGGGCUUUAUCGGUGCCAGUAUUAUCGUGCUCAGCGGUAUCGUCACCAUUUCCACAUUUUUCCUGGGCGGUUUGGACCCGAGUCUGGUUGGCCUGGCAAUAACAGUGUCGCUCUUUUCAUCCCAGCAGUUGAUGCAGCUGGUGACCCAGUCAUCUGAGCUGGAGAUGCAGAUGAAUGCCAUAGAGCGACUGCAGUACUUUGCUGAACUCGACACAGAGAAACAAGAAGGAGUGUUCGAUCCACCCGAUGACUGGCCCUUCCUCGGCGACAUCACGGUCAAGAAUGUGGAGAUGCGCUAUGCCAAAGAGCUGGAGCCAGUGCUACAGGGGGUAAACCUGCGUAUCAAGGGCGGCGAGAAGGUUGGUAUCUGCGGACGGACCGGAAGUGGGAAGUCCUCCAUGAUGUUAGCCUUCUUCCGCAUCAUUGAAAAGACCACGGGUGAUAUCUACAUCGAUGGUGUCAACAUUGACCACGUGCCGCUCGCAACCCUUCGUCAGAGACUCUCCAUUGUGCCUCAGGAUCCUACACUCUUUACCGGCACCGUACGGUUCAAUUUGGAUCCGUUCGAUAAAUGCACAGAAGACGCAAUCUGGGAGGCGCUAGGUAUCGCCCAGCUGAAGGGAACAGUCGCCAAUCUUCCGAAGGGUCUAGAUUCUGAGGUGAGUGAGGGCGGUGAGAAUUUCAGCGUUGGUCAGCGGCAGCUGUUCUGUCUGGCUCGUGCCUUCCUGCGCAAGUCCCGUAUCCUCAUCAUGGACGAAGCCACCGCCUCCAUCGACAAAGAAAUGGAUGCCGUUCUGCAAGAUGUGUUGUUCACUGCAUUUGCCGACAAAACCGUGUUAACAAUAGCACAUCGGGUAUCGACUAUCCUGAACUACGACACCAUCAUCGUUCUGAGCGAGGGUAAGGUGGCCGAGUGGGACAGUCCCAAGGCCCUCCUGGACAAACCGGAUAGUAUCUUCUCUUCGCUCGUCAACAAGGACAAGUAGCAGCGUUCACAUGACCUAUAACGAGCACCAUACAGUUGCUUUCAACAGACUAUAAUGUUGACGAAUGAGGAGGAUAUAUAAAGACGCCGUUUUCCGUAAGGCGUCGUUAGAGCUGUUUAGUAUGGUCAAAGCACGUUAUUGGGAGUCUGUCUUCACUCAAAUUGACCUAAACUUAUACAGGCCUAUAAUAUCUGACGCUCCAUGUAGAAACAUAUUUGUGCGAUGUCAAAAUUGGUCUCGACUAUACAGCACUGAUUAAGACAAAAAUAGUGCAUCGGCAAAUUUUAAGACCAAACAAAUGGUGUUACAAUUAUUACCGUUUUUUUACAUAUCACACUUUGGUCCGUGAACGAGUAGGUGAAAUGAAUGUUUAAUGCCUCCUUGCCUUUGAAACUUUGACUUUCGAAAUAAAUUCUGCCAUGGGUUUUAAUCCUCAAUGUUACGAAUGAGAUGAGAGGUAAUGAACAACGAAAGUUAGUCCUUAUUAGUUUAUUAUUUUGUGAAAAGAACAUAAUCAUGUGCAUAAUUAGUCGUAUUUAUUUAUUUAUUUAUUUCAAGAUCUACAAAAUCUCAGCUCAAAGGUUGUUUACAUUAACGUUAGAAAAUAGUAUAAAAAAAACAGUUAUUAAAAUGGUAAAAGAGUAAAAUAAACAAUUCAGAUAAUUUAGAAAUAGGCCUAUUUUCUAAAUUCAUAAAUACCUAUAAAAAAAUAGUGUACAUAUUCCUAUUAGUAGAGAGCCCGUCACAUGGACGGUCUUAAACAGUUGAUGAAACAUAUUCUUACAAAAAUUAGUUGUAUUUAUGCAACUUAAUUGUAAAAGUAUUACAGUAGUUCAGGUAUUCCAAAGAGUCUAUUGUACGUUACAUAUUAACUCGCUGCCCGAUCUAAUAUUGUAAUUUUUAAUCUAUUUUAAAUUAUUAUCGAAGUUUAUAUGAAGGUAUUGUGGGGACUUUUUUUCGUAUAGGCUGCUCAAUUUCUUGAAAAAGGCCGCAGAGUCGUCAAACCAGAUCCUGUAUACGUAUGAGGACUGGCCGGCAGGGGUAACUCUGCAGAACGCGAGUAAUGGCUGUGGAUGACAGUACAGACGAUCCGUUCGUGUUGUUUACUGUUUUUGAGGAGAUCAGACUAAAUAAAAGAACUAUUCCCCAACAUUGAAUCCA